AUGGCUAAUUGCCAGCCGACACUCUGCCUCUCCUUAUCACUUCUUCUUCUACUGCUUUGUUCCAAACCAGUCAACUCACAGCAGCCUCAGGCCAACAUUUCAUUAGGCUCGUCCCUUGCCGCCGGCGCAUCCCAAGACUACUGGCUCUCCCCGUCCGGCGAUUUCGCUUUCGGUUUCCAACAAGUCACCGGCGGCGGCAGAGGCAACAGCUUCCUCCUAGCCAUUUGGUUCAACCGGAUCCCUCAACGAACCGUCGUGUGGUCCGCCAACCGGAACGAGUUGGUGCCCGACGGGUCGACCAUCAAGCUCACUGAGGACGGGAACCUGAUCCUGGCCGACCCGUCGGGUCGGCCAGUCUGGAACCCGAACUCGGUCGGGUCCGGAGUUUCCUACGGCGCCCUUCUUGAUACCGGGAAUUUCGUAUUGGCCGAUCGAAACGCAACCGUUUUGUGGGAAAGUUUCGAUCAGCCCACUGACACAAUACUACCGAUGCAAACUCUAGCGAGAGGUACUGAGCUGAUAGCCAAAUACUCCCGCACGAACUACUCGAACGGGCGAUUCAAGCUCGACUUUCAAACCGACGGCAAUCUGGAGUUCGAAACGACCCACUACCCGCAAAUGCGGAGCAACUACCCUUACUACGAAAGCGCGACCGUCACAGCCGAUAACUUGUCCUACAACCAGUCCGGGUCGCUGUUCAUAGCCUCUACCAACGGGACGAUCCUCGGCAACGUGUUCGACAACCGAGAGUCGAGAAACGAUUUUUACCAGAGGGUAACAAUCGAUCACGAUGGAGUUGUGAGGCAAUACGUUCACCCAAAGCGAAACAACAUGUCACGAUGGCCAAUGGAGUGGACCGUUUCGGAUUCCCAGCCGCCGAAUAUAUGCACCGGAAUCAAAGGAUUCAUAGGCAAUGGGGCUUGUGGGUUCAACAGUUACUGUCAAAUGGAGAGUGGCAUGUUCCCUAGAUGCAACUGUCCACAAGGGUACGUUUUUAUGGAUCCAACGGAUCAUAGCAGUGGCUGUGUGAGGAAUUUUGCUCCUCAAGAUUGUGUUGUGAAGGAUGGAAAUGAUGAUGAUGGUGACCAAUUCGAUUUCGUGGAGAUGGUCAAUACCGAUUUUCCGAAUGGGGACUACCAAUUUCUGAACUCGGUUUCGGAGGAUAUGUGCCGGGAGGCUUGUUUGAGUGAUUGUCUUUGUGACGCCGUGCUUUUCAGAGAUGGGCAGUGCUACAAGAAGAGGAUGCCGAUGUCUAAUGGGAAUGUGGAUCCAGCAAAUGGAGGGAAAACCCUAUUCAAAGUCAGGAGGCAGGAUUCCACUUCCAUUACAAACAAGAAGGAUCACUCACAUCUUAACACAAAUGUUGGAUGGUUUCUCUUGGGAGGUUCAAUUUUUGUUAAUCUCAUCUUUCUCUUGGCUAGUUGUCCAUGGAGGAAGAAUCCCCCAAACAGCAUAGAUGGUGAAACCCUAGAUCGAGGAGCUUUAUCUUCGAACCUUCGGAGAUUUACAUACAGAGAGAUGGAAACAACUACUGGAGGGUUCAAGCAAGUACUUGGUAGUGGCUCUUCUGGGGUAGUUUACAAAGGGGUUAUUGGUGAUCACAGCUCGAAAAAACUAGUUGCGGUCAAGGUUCUCGAGAAAAUGCACGAGAUGGAAGGCCACGAUGUACGAGAGUUCACCACAGAGGUCACCAUAAUCGGUGAAACUAACCACAAAAACUUGGCAAGACUUGUGGGGUUUUGCGAUGAAGGGCAACACCGUCUUCUGGUUUAUGAGUUCAUGAGCAAUGGGUCUCUAGCCGAUUUGUUGUUUAGAAGAGAGGUGAGGCCUAAUUGGUAUACGCGAACCCAAAUAGCUUAUUCGAUAGCUCGAGGACUCGCUUAUCUUCAUGAAGAAUGCAUCACACAGAUAAUCCAUUGCGACAUCAAGCCACAAAACAUCCUCCUGGAUGACUCAAUGACGGCCAAAAUCUCAGAUUUUGGCAUUUCGAAGCUCAUGAAGGCGAACCAGACACGAACUACAACCGCAAUUCGUGGGACUAAAGGAUACCUAGCACCAGAAUCCAAAUUCUACAACAACUACUACUACUCGUCGUUAUUACUCCUCUUUCUAUCCUACCUGCCGUCCACAAUCAACUCCCAAAACAUUUCAUUAGGCUCGUCGCUCACCGCCGGCGCCAAGGACUACUGGCUCUCCCCGUCGGGGGAAUUCGCGUUCGGGUUCCAACAAGUCGCCGGCCAAGGCGACGGCUUCCUCCUAGCCAUUUGGUACAACAAAAUCCCACAACGAACCAUCGUGUGGUCCGCCAACCGGAACGGGUUGGUGCAAACCGGGUCGACGGUCAAGCUGACCAAGGAUGGCAGCUUGAUGCUCGCCGACCCUUCUGGCCGGCAGGUUUGGGGCCCGAACGGAGUUGGGCCCGGAGUUUCCUACGGUGUUCUGUACGACACGGGAAACUUUGUACUGACCGAUCGAAAAGGUGUCGUUUUGUGGGGGAGUUUCGAUCAGCCGACGGAUACCAUAUUACCUACCCAGAUCAUGAAAAAAGGUACCGAAGUGAUAUCCAAAUACUCAUCAACGAACUACUCCACCGGAAGAUUCAAGUUCAUGUUCCAAACCGACGGCAACUUGGUGGCCUACACGACUUUCUACCCACAAACAGUCCGCAACUACGCGUAUUGGGCAAGCGCGACGAAAUCCACCGGAAACUCCGUCACCUUCAAUGAAUCCGGCAGCGUCUUCCUCUCCUCCGACAACGGAACGAUCCUCCUCUACGUCUUCACCAACCAAGAACCGACCCAAGAUCUGCACCAGAGACUGACAAUCGACCACGACGGCGUCAUUCGCCUCUACGCCUACCCAAAACAGAGCAGUACUUCCGCCGGCAGGAGAUGGCCGGCGGAAUGGACGGCGCUCAGUUUCACGCCGGCGGACAUCUGCGGCCUGAUGCGAGCAGAUACCGGCAGCGGGGCUUGCGGGUUCAACAGUUACUGCCAGAUCGAAGAUGCCCAGUUUCCCAAUUGCAAAUGCCCAAAUGGGUAUAAGUUCUUGGAUCCUUCCGAUGAGAGCAGGGGAUGCCUGAAGACUUUCCCCCCGCAGGAUUGUUCUUCUUCGGCGGGAGAGGAGGACGGGCAGUUCGAUUUGGUGGAGAUGGUGAAUACGAUCUUCCCCUCGGGUGAUUACGAGUACUACCAAUCGAUAUCGGAGGAUAUGUGUCGAGAUCUCUGUUUGAGCGAUUGCUUGUGCGAUGCGGUGACUUACGAGAGCGCGUCUUGCUGGAAGAAGAGGGCGCCAUUGACGAAUGGGUACAUGGAUCAGGAGAACACAGGGAAGACUCUGCUCAAAAUUCGGAGGCAGAAUUCGACUUAUUCGACGGCGGGGGAGAGGAAGAAGAAUGAUCAAUCGAGGAAGCUAAUGGCGACUGCGGGAUGGGUUCUUCUGGGUAGCUCUGUUUUCGUUAAUUUGAUGUUUAUUGUGGGUAGCUGUCCAUGGAGGAAGAAGAAUCGGAGGAUGAACCGAGUUGGGGAUGAGUCGGAUGAAGCGAUGGAAUCGGCGAAUCUCCAGAGGUUUACGUACAGAGAGAUGGAAUCGGCGACGGGAGGGUUCAAGCAAGUGCUCGGCAGUGGUGCCUCCGGCACGGUUUACAAAGGGGUUUUGGGUGAAAGAGCAGGGGAAUUGGUUGCAGUCAAGGUGCUCGACAAUAUGCCUGAGAGAGAUGGUCACGACGUGAGGGAGUUCGCCACUGAAGUGAAGAUAAUCGGCGGGACCAACCACAAGAACUUGGUGAAGCUAGUUGGAUACUGCAACGAAGGGCAGCAUCUGCUUCUGGUUUACGAGUUCAUGAGCAAUGGGUCGUUGGCCGAUUCGUUGUUUGGUGGUGGAGAAGGGACGUUUCCCAGGCCCAAUUGGUAUACGAGGACCCAGAUAGCUUACUCGGUUGCGAGAGGACUGGUUUACCUUCACGACGAAUGCAGCACUCAGAUUAUUCAUUGCGACAUCAAGCCACAGAAUAUACUGCUCGAUCAAGGAAUGACUGCCAGAAUUUCGGAUUUCGGAAUAUCCAAGCUUAUGAAGACGGAUCAGACCAGGACCACUACCGCGAUUCGCGGGACCAAAGGUUAUCUGGCGCCGGAGUGGUUCAGGAAUGUGCCUGUGACGGCUAAGGUCGACGUGCACAGCUUUGGCAUUGUGCUUCUGGAGCUGGUUUGUUGCAGGAAGAGCUUUUUGCUGGAUUUCGAGAAGGAAGAGGAGAUGGUACUGGUAGACUGGGCCUAUGAUUGCUACAGCAGAGGGAAGUUGUAUAAGCUGGUGGAGAAGGAUGAGGAUGCGAUGGAGGAUUUGAAGAAAGUGGAGCGAUUUGUGAAGGUUGCGCUUUGGUGCAUUCAGGAAGAUCCUUCGUUGCGACCUGGGAUGAAGAAAGUUGUUCAUAUGUUGGAAGGAGCGGUUCUUGUCUCUGAACCUCCCGAUCCCAGUUCCUUCAUGAGUGCCAUAUGA